UGUUCUCCACAAGCUAGGCACAACAAAACCACAAUCUAAGUAAGUGUUGAGAGAAGAGUGCGUUUGUUUGUUUGAAAUUAAGUAGCAAAGAUGUUUGGAAUCAUCGGAGGAAACAAGGGUCACAAGAUAAAGGGGAACUUGGUGAUUAUGCGAAAGAAUGUGUUGGAUAUCAACAGCAUCACCAGUGUUAAGGGUGUCAUUGGAACCGGCAUUAACAUCAUUGGAGGUGUCGUCGACACCGUUACUGCUUUGGCGUCCCACAUCUCCAUCCAGCUCAUUAGUGCCACCAAGGCUGAUGGACAUGGGAAAGGUAAAGUUGGAAAGGCUACAAAUUUAAGAGGACAAGUGUCGUUGCCAACCUUGGGAGCUGGCGAAGAUGCAUACGAUGUUAAUUUUGAAUGGGACAGUGACUUCGGAAUUCCCGGUGCAUUUUACAUAAAGAACUUCAUGCAAGUUGAGUUCUAUCUCAAGUCUCUAACUCUCGAAGAUAUUCCAAACCACGGAACCAUUCACUUCGUAUGCAACUCCUGGGUUUACAAUUCAAAAAACUACAAGACUGAUCGCAUUUUCUUUGCCAACAAUACAUAUCUUCCAAGCGAGACACCAGCUCCACUUUUGAAGUACAGAGAAGAAGAAUUGAAGAAUGUAAGAGGGGAUGGAACUGGAGAGCGCAAGGAAUGGGAUAGGAUCUAUGAUUAUGAUGUUUACAAUGACUUGGGCAACCCGGAUAGCGGUGAUAAAUAUGCACGCCCCGUUCUUGGUGGUUCAGCCUUACCUUACCCUCGCAGAGGAAGAACCGGAAGAGGAAAAACUAGAAAAGAUCCCAACAGUGAGAAGCCGAGCGAUUUUGUUUACCUUCCAAGAGAUGAAGCAUUUGGUCACUUGAAGUCAUCAGAUUUUCUCGCUUAUGGAAUCAAAUCUGUAUCCCAAGAUGUCUUGCCUGUCUUGACUGAUGCAUUCGAUGGAAAUAUUUUGAGCCUUGAGUUUGAUAAUUUUGCUGAAGUGCGCAAACUCUAUGAAGGUGGAGUUACACUACCUACAAACUUUCUUAGCAAGAUCGCCCCUAUACCAGUGAUCAAGGAAAUUUUUCGAACUGAUGGCGAACAGUUCCUCAAGUAUCCACCACCUAAAGUGAUGCAGGUGGAUAAGUCUGCAUGGAUGACUGAUGAAGAAUUUGCUAGAGAAACGAUUGCUGGUGUAAAUCCAAACGUCAUUAAGAUUCUUGAGGAGUUCCCACCACGUAGCAAGCUAGAUACACAAGCCUACGGUGAUCAUACCUGUAUAAUAACAAAACAACAUUUGGAACCUAACUUGGGUGGGCUCACUGUUGAGCAGGCUAUCCAGAGCAAGAAGCUGUUCAUCUUAGAUCACCAUGACUAUCUCAUUCCAUAUUUGAGGAAAAUAAAUGCAACUACCACAAAGACUUAUGCUACCAGAACCAUAUUUUUCUUGAAAAGUGAUGGAACUUUGACGCCAUUGGCCAUUGAGUUAAGUAAGCCGCAUCCUCAAGGUGAAGAAUAUGGUCCUGUUAGCGAAGUCUACGUGCCUUCGAGCGAAGGAGUUGAAGCUUAUAUUUGGUUAUUGGCAAAGGCUUAUGUUGUUGUAAAUGACUCGUGCUACCAUCAACUCGUUAGCCAUUGGCUAAACACUCAUGCGGUUGUUGAGCCAUUCGUCAUAGCAACAAAUAGGCAUCUGAGUGUGGUUCACCCUAUUUACAAACUUUUGUUUCCUCACUAUCGUGACACCAUGAAUAUUAAUUCACUUGCCCGCAAAUCCUUGGUCAAUGCAGACGGUAUUAUAGAGAAAACAUUUUUGUGGGGUAGGUACGCUUUGGAAAUGUCUGCUGUUGUUUACAAGGACUGGGUUUUCACUGAUCAAGCACUGCCCAAUGAUCUUGUCAAGAGAGGAGUUGCCGUUAAGGAUCCAUCUGCUCCCCAUGGAGUUCGGCUUUUGAUUGAGGACUAUCCUUAUGCUUCUGAUGGGCUAGAGAUAUGGGAUGCCAUCAGGUCCUGGGUGCAAGAAUAUGUGUCAUUCUACUACAAGUCAGAUGCAGCAAUUCAACAAGACCCCGAACUCCAAGCUUGGUGGAAAGAACUUGUCCAAGUGGGUCAUGGUGAUUUGAAAGAUAAGCCAUGGUGGCAAAAGAUGCAAACUUGUGAAGAGUUGAUUGAAGCCUCGGCCACCCUCAUAUGGAUCGCUUCAGCCCUUCAUGCAGCUGUUAACUUUGGACAGUAUCCAUAUGGAGGUUUAAUCUUGAACAGGCCAACCAUUAGCAGGAGAUUCAUGCCUGAGAAAGGGUCUGCUGAGUAUGCUGCUUUGGCUAAGAACCCUGAGAAGGAGUUUUUGAAAACUAUUACUGGCAAGAAGGAGACCCUCAUUGACCUUACAAUUAUAGAAAUCCUGUCAAGGCACGCAUCUGAUGAGUUCUACCUUGGGGAGAGAGAUGGUGGUGACUUCUGGACUUCUGAUGCUGGUCCACUAGAGGCCUUCAAGAGGUUUGGAAAGAAGCUUCAAGAGAUUGAACAUAAGCUUAUACAGAAGAACAAGGAUGAGACGUUGAGAAACCGCACUGGGCCAGCUAAAAUGCCUUACACUCUGCUCUAUCCUUCUAGUGAGGAGGGAUUGACUUUCAGAGGAAUUCCCAACAGUAUCUCUAUCUAAGGGCUCUCUCAUUGAGGUUGCUGUACUACUCUGCCUGUUUUUCAAUAAUGUGAAAUAGGAGGAAUAUGAUUCCUUCAUCUACCUACGUAUGGUCAAGUUACAUUUGGGGUGGUUGAAUGUUCUCGUGUUUGCUGUUGAAGUGUUAAUAAAGAAAUUCUGUUUUUAUAACAGAUCGAAGAGAAAGCAAUAAAGGCAAUCACGCAUGUUUCAACAAUGAUAGCUGGCAUGACAAAGUGCAAACUAGAAUAAAUUAUCAUCCUAUCUAAACGAUUUCCAUUACAGCAAGGGUUGUCAUUAAAAUUUUAUUGCCCGUGUAUUCAUAUUUUGCAUUGCCUCAAAGCUACCACUUCCUCAACUUAGUAUUUAUUUCAAAAAUCCAUUUGCAAUCCAUUUCAAAAA